AUGGAAAGCAACGCAUUUGUUACCAGCCAUUUGCCAUCACAAGCGCUUGUUGUACUAUCGGAGGCCGCUUCCGGUUUGCAUGAGGCACUGCGUGGCCAACGUCCGUUUCCAGCGAGAUUACCUGACGCCAAAGAUCUACACAACAUGUCACUAGUCGGCAACUAUAGCACCCAAUUCCUGCACAACUUUCAUCCGCAUCUGCUGCAGACGCUUAACCAUGGAAUGCUGGCAGCGAAUGGAGCAGCUGCCGCUGCCGCCGCAGCCGGAGCUCCGGGCAGUUAUUUUGCGAGCGACCGCUCGCCGCUGGGGAAGCCGUCGGUGCUGUCGAACUUCUCGCUGCCGUCGGCCUUCUCGCCACCCAAGUAUAUUGGCAUAUCCCUGGAUCAGAAUCUAUUCAAUGGCAGCGAAUCAUUUCGCACGGAUUCGGCCAGUCCCACGUGCACAUCACACGAAUCCAUGGAGGGAUCACAGGAUUACGAUGCCGUUGAAAAGGGUGAAAGUCCGCGCAGCAAUAAUUCUCAGGAUCCCAGGGAUUUAAGACAUCUGCACAAUGUGAGCAAAGCGCAUACGGUGGCCUCAUCCUCGACAGCAUCCAGCAGCUCCUCGUCCUCCUGCUCGACCAGCUCGGCCGCUGCAGCGGCCAUUAGCUCGGCGGCAGUCGCCGCAGCGACCAGCAGCGCUGUCGUCUCCAUGGCCAACCAUUUGGCGGCGCACCAGUCGUCGCCGGGCCACCAUCAUUCGCAUCACCAUGGCCAUCAUGUGGGUGGUGGGCCGCCGCCUACGCAUCACCAUAUGGCGCAUGCACACCCGCAUCCGCUGUCCCAUCAUGCAGCCCAUCAUGCGGCGCUGGCCAGUCUGGCCGGACUGCGUGCGGUGCCGGGUGGUCUGAGCCUCGUCAGCGGCUUGCAGGCGGCAGCGGCUGGUGGCGCCAUACCCGAUCUCUGUCCCGUCUGUGGACUUAAGCUGAGUCCCGAGGAGUGGCACACGCAUUUCCUCACCGAGCUGGAUCGUUUGUACAAGCUGAGCGCCGGAUUUGAGCGCGCCAAUCUGCAGGCAACCUACAUGUUUGCACCACCCUGUCCAGCCCAGGAGAACGCCAUUCGCACCAGCCACAAUCGUUGGGAGACCUUUCAGCGCAUUCGCAACAAUCGCCAGAAUCGGCUCAGGCUGAAGGUACGCAAACGCAAAUACGGCGAAAUGUACAUGAUGGAGAGUCUCUACUGUAGCAGCUGUCCCAUAUGUAAGCGCAAAUAUGCGCUGGAAACGGGCAAAUUGCCGCCAGAGGAGGACCCCAAGAUGCAGGAUGAAAUCGAAACGGUCGAUGUGGAAAGCUGCAACGAUGAUGUGCCGGACUCUGGCUCGGAACUGAACACGACAACGGGCGUAUCGGGUGCAGUCCCACCCAAUAUGCCGCCCUCCAGCAUGCACAACACGAACGCACAGCCGGGCAAAUUGGAUGGCAUACUAUAUCGCACGGCCUGUGUGAUUAACCAGAAGGAUGCGCAUGCAGAUGAACAGGACGUGAGCACCAAUGUGUCGGUGGCGAGCAGCAGCAGCGUCAGCUGGUCGGGCGAAACAACAACGCCCAGCACCCAGGCGCAUAUCAGCGUGAAAAACGUCAGCGAGCUGUCAUCUACCACGCAUCACUACUACAACGCGGACUCCUGCGGCGUGGGCGUGGCCGAACAUAGCAGCAGCAGCAACAACAACAACAACAACAACAGCAGCAGCAGCAAGGAGCUAAUGAUGGAUACGGCAACGUGUCAAAACGAUAGCGACGAGGAUGUCAUUGUGGAUGACGAUGAAACUGUGAAAAUUACGAGCAAGUCGCACAGCUUCAAGCGACGGCUGGAGGAGAAUGUGGGCAGCAGCAGAAGCCUGGAGAAUAUCUCACCCAAUGAGGAGCGUCCGCGCUCCGAGCCACAGGUUAGCAGCACCGAGCCUGGACCCAUGGAUAUCUCGCACAACAACAACAACAAUCACAACAACAACAAUGCGACAAAUGCAACCAAAUAUGGCGAGCCCAUGGAGAACAGCCUGUCGCAGUUAUCGUCUAUGGGCGUGCCGGGAUUAACGCAAUUGGACACAAAGGUGGGAAUUAGUUCGGAUUUAAAACCGGACGAUGAAAACAAAUGUUUCAUUUGUAAGACAGGCAUAAAGGAUCUCAAUACGGAUGCGUUUCUGCGCGGUCGCAAUUUCUAUUUCCAUCAAAGCUGCGCCAAUGUCAUGAGCAGCUACAGGCUCAACAAGGAGCUGCUCAGCCAGGCGCAGGCUCAGCGGGAGGCGAACGCGAAUACGGCAACGCCGCGCAGCCUCUCGCCAUCGCCGGCUCAGUCGCCGCAGCAGAGCGUUGCCACCCCGGCCAUGGAGUAGACGGCGAAACGAGCAAUCAAAGCGUGAAUUUAUUACAGUUAAUUAAUUCAAAAUAUUGUGGUAGCUAAUGAAACAAGUUAAGCAAAACGUCAUGUUAAAUUGAGCAUGACAAGCGCUCGCCCAAAAGCGGGCUACAGUUUUUCUCUUCCUUUCUGCGGCGUCGCCUAAAAGCGAGCAACACUUUUUUGAAUACUAUUUAUUUAUAUUUUUGCUGUGUAAAUUUGCGUAUCUUAAUUGUUUUAAUACUCGAAAUUAACAAAUUAAUUUCCCUCCAUCGAUGUUUAGUGCAAUUUUUGCGUUGCCUUUUAGCUGUUUUGUGUGAGCAGCAUAAUUAUUAUUUUCUUUGUUUUAAAUAUUCAAAAUUCUUGA